CCUCAUCCUGAUGUACAGUAUAAGUACAACUCCGCUCCGCUCAGAUCAGAUCAGAUCGACAGUCACGGGAGGCAUCAGCACUCCCUCCUUCCCUCUUGACAGGAGCCAGCGUCCAACAGGAGUGCCACACUGCUCACCGUUUGCUUACUUUUUGCGGUUGAAGUACCGUAGGCACUGGUUACAUUUUGCUUGGGCACGCUCUCGAAGUACACUUAGUAGUUGGACUACUGUAAGUAGAGUGGACAAAGUGAACAUCUGAAUCUUUCUGAGUUCUGUUUUUACUCUGAGGGAGUUACAGCAGUAAGGACACCAUGUCGAUGGGUCUGGAGAUUGGCGGUAUCAGUCUGGGGUUAAUCGGGUGGAUCCUCGCCAUCGUGACCUGUGCUCUGCCCAUGUGGAGGGUGUCUGCCUUCGUAGGUGCCAACAUCAUCACAGCGCAGAACGUCUGGGAGGGCCUGUGGAUGAACUGCGUGGUGCAGAGCACGGGCCAGAUGCAGUGCAAGGUCUACGAUUCCAUGCUGGCUCUGAGUUCGGACCUGCAAGCGGCGCGCGCCAUGACUAUCAUCGCCAUCAUCCUGGGGGUGCUUGGGGUUCUGAUCGCCAUCAUGGGCGCCAAAUGCACCAACUGCAUCGAGGACGAGGCAUCCAAGGCCAAGACCAUGAUCUUCUCAGGCGUCAUGUUCAUCGUUGCUGGUCUGCUGGUCAUCAUCCCCGUGUCCUGGUCUGCUAACCGCACCAUCCGAGACUUUUACAACCCUCUGAUACCUCCCUCCACGCGACAGUCACUACAAGACACCAUGUCGAUGGGUCUGGAGAUUGGCGGUAUCAGUCUGGGGAUAAUCGGGUGGAUCCUCACCAUCGUGACCUGUGCCCUGCCCAUGUGGAGGGUGUCUGCCUUCGUAGGGUCCAACAUCAUCACGGCGCAGACCAUCUGGGAGGGCCUGUGGAUGAACUGCGUGGUGCAGAGCACGGGCCAGAUGCAGUGCAAGGUCUACGACUCCAUGCUGGCUCUGAGUUCGGACCUGCAAGCGGCUCGUGCCAUGACCAUCAUCGCCAUCAUCCUGGGGGUGCUGGGAGUUCUAAUCUCCAUCAUGGGCGCCAAAUGCACCAACUGCAUUGAGGACGAGGCAUCCAAGGCCAAGACCAUGAUCUUCUCAGGCAUCAUGUUCAUCGUUGCUGGUGUACUGGUGAUCAUCCCCGUGUCUUGGUCUGCUAACCGCACCAUCCAGGACUUUUACAACCCUCUGUUGCCUGCCUCCACUCGUCGUGAGCUGGGCUCCUCCCUGUACAUCGGCUGGGCGUCCGCCGCUCUGCUGCUCUUUGGUGGCAUCAUGCUGUGCAGUACCUGCCCUCCGCGAGAGGAGAGGUACAAGCCCCGAAAGAUGGCGUACACCAACCCCAACUCGGCCAGUGCGGCUGGGUACGACAGGAAGGACUAUGUCUGA